UUGUUUCAAUGGAAUUUGCAGCCCGGUUCGGUCCUAAGCAUGUCCACUUGGAAGGAACACGGGUUUGGUUGCGAGAAAACGGACAACAUUAUCCAAGUACUGUACUUUCAUGUGCUGAGGGAGUUGUUGUGUUCAGGACAGAUUAUGGUCAGGUAUAUACUUACAAACAGAGGUCAAUUACACACCAAAAAGUAACAACUAUGCAGUCUACAAGCACAGAUGGUCUGGAAGACAUGGCAGCACUGAUAGACCUCCAUGAGGGCGCCAUCAUGCACAAUCUAUUCCAGCGGUACCAGCAAAACAAAAUUUAUACUUACAUUGGUUCCAUUGUUGCCUCUGUCAACCCCUAUAAAACCAUUCCAGGCCUGUAUGACCACACCACAGUGGAGCAGUAUAGCCGGCACCACCUGGGAGAAAUUUCACCUCAUAUUUUUGCUGUUGCUAACGAGUGCUACCGCUGCCUAUGGAAACGUCAUGACAACCAGUGUGUUCUCAUCAGCGGUGAAAGUGGUGCUGGCAAAACAGAGAGCACUAAGUUGAUCCUCAAGUUUUUGUCCGCUGUGAGCCAACAUUCAUUGGAACUCUCUCAGAAGGAGAAGACAUCUAGUGUCGAACAAGCGAUUCUGGAGAGCAGCCCAAUUAUGGAGGCCUUCGGCAAUGCGAAGACUGUUUACAACAACAACUCAAGCCGCUUUGGGAAGUUCAUUCAGCUGAACUUCUGUCAGAAAGGCAACAUUCAGGGAGGAAAAAUUAUAGAUUAUUUAUUAGAGAAGAAUCGAGUAGUAAGGCAAAAUCCAGGAGAGAGGAAUUAUCACGUAUUCUAUGCCCUGCUGGCAGGGAUUGAAGGAGAAAAGAAAGAAGCAUUUUACCUAUCUGCACCGGAGAGCUAUCACUACCUGAACCAAUCUGGAUGUGUCGCGGACAAGACAAUCAAUGACAAAGAAUCAUUCAAAGAAGUCAUUACGGCCAUGGAAGUGAUGCAGUUCACCACUGAGGAGGUGCGAGACGUUCUUCGGCUGCUUGCUGGCAUUUUGCACCUAGGCAACAUUGAAUUUAUUACUGCUGGCGGAGCACAGGUGUCCUUCAAAACAGCUCUGGGUAGAUCCGCAGAGUUACUUGGGCUGGACUCAACGCAACUAACCGAAGCAUUGACGCAGAGAUCAAUGAUACUCAGGGGAGAAGAAAUUUUAACACCUCUCAGUGUACAGCAGGCAAUAGAUAGCAGAGAUUCAGCAGCUAUGGCACUUUAUUCCCAGUGCUUUGCCUGGAUUAUUAAAAAAAUCAACAGCAGAAUAAAAGGCAAAGACGACUUCAAGUCCAUUGGAAUUUUAGACAUCUUUGGAUUUGAAAAUUUUGAGGUUAAUCGUUUUGAGCAGUUCAGUAUUAACUAUGCAAAUGAAAAACUUCAAGAGUAUUUCAACAAGCAUAUUUUUUCAUUGGAGCAAUUAGAAUAUAGCAGAGAAGGACUCCUAUGGGAAGACAUUGACUGGACAGAUAAUGGGGAAUGCUUGGAUCUAAUUGAAAAGAAACUUGGCUUGUUAGCACUUAUAAAUGAAGAAAGCCAUUUCCCUCAAGCUACAGACAGCACCUUGUUGGCAAAGUUACACAUCCAACAUGCUAACAAUCCUUUUUAUGUGAAACCAAGAGUUGCUGUCCACAACUUUGGAGUGAAACACUAUGCCGGGGAGGUCCAAUAUGAUGUCAGAGGAAUCUUGGAGAAAAACAGGGACACUUUCAGGGAUGAUCUCCUGAACCUCUUAAGGGAAAGCAGUCUCGAUUUCAUAUAUGACCUCUUUGAACACGUUUCCAGCCGUAGCAGUCAAGACACUUUGAAAUGUGGGAGCAAACACCGGAAACCCACAGUCAGCCUACAAUUUAAGGAUUCACUGCAUUCCUUAAUGACAACACUAAGCACAUCCAAUCCCUUCUUUGUUCGCUGUAUCAAGCCAAACAUGCAGAAGAUGCCUGACCAGUUUGAACAGAAUGUGGUGCUGAACCAGCUGCGUUAUUCAGGUAUGCUUGAAACAGUGCGGAUACGAAGGGCUGGUUUUCCAGUGCGGAGGCCAUUUCAGGAUUUUCAUAAAAGGUACAAAGUCCUGAUGAGAAAUUUGACUCUUCCUGAAGAUUUAAAAGGAAAGUGUACUGUCCUCCUUCAUCUGUAUGAUAGCACAAACACUGAAUGGCAACUUGGAAAGUCUAAGGUCUUUCUUCGUGAAUCUUUGGAACACAAGCUGGAAAAAGAGCGAGAGAUAGAAGUUGGCAAAGCAGCCAUGAUCAUCCGAGCACAUGUCUUGGGCUAUGUGGCACGAAAGCACUACAGAAAGGUCCUUUACUAUGUGGUUAUCAUACAGAAGAACUACAGAGCUUUCUACUUAAGGAGGAAAUAUCUGCUCCUGAAGAAAGCGGCCAUCACCUUCCAGAAACAGCUCCGAGGGCAGAUCGCCCGCCGUGUUUUCAAGCAGCUGCUGGAGGAGAAACAACAGCAAGAGGAAGAGGAAAGAAAGCGACAAAAGCAGGAAGCAGAACGUCUUGCUCGGCAGGCGGAGGAGGAGAGGCGGCAGCAGGAACUGGCAGCUAUUCAGAAAGCCCGACGGGAAGAAGAGCUAAAGCGAGAGUUGGAGAAGCAAAAAGAAAACAAGCAGGUGGAAGAGAUCCUGCGCCUGGAAAAAGAGAUUGAAGACCUGCAGCGCAUGAAGGAGCAGCAAGAACUGUCCUUGACAGAGGCUUCACUGCAGAGGCUGCAGCAGCUCCGGGAUGAGGAGCUGAAACGCCUGGAGGACGAGGCCUGUCGAGCAGCGCAGGAGUUCUUGGAGUCCCUGAACUUUGACGAGAUUGACGAAUGUGUCCGAAACAUCGAGAGGACGCUCUCCGUUGGCAGCGGUUUCUGUGCAGAUCUUAGUGAUUUGACUGGGAACACCGGCAGUGAGAAACCCAAUUUUAACUUCAGCCAGCCGUACCCUGAGGAGGAGGUUGAUGAGGGCUUUGAAGCGGAUGAUGAUGCUUUUAAAGAUUCACCCAACCCGAGUGAGCAUGGCCACUCUGAUCAAAGGACAAGUGGCAUCAGGACGAGCGAUGACUCUUCAGAAGAGGAUCCAUACAUGAAUGACACAGUAGUGCCGGCGAGUCCUGACGCUGGCAACAGCACACUUAUUCCUUCUAGCCAUGAUUCCAUCAGUCUCCAAAACUCCUCAAGCGGAGAAUCCACAUACUGCAUGCCAGAAAAUAUCUCAUGCAGGCCUCUGAAUUCUGCAGACCUAAUUUCUCCUGAUGGGGACUACGAUUAUGACCAAGACGACUAUGAAGAUGGUGCUAUCACUUCUGGAAGCAGCGUGACCUUUUCUAAUUCUCAUAGUAGUCAGUGGUCCCCUGACUACCGCUAUUCUGUGGGGACAUACAACAGUUCUGGAGCAUACAGGUUUAGUUCUGAGGGAGCUCAGUCUUCUUUUGAAGAUAGUGAGGAAGAUUUUGACUCACGGUUUGAUACAGAUGACGAACUUUCGUAUCGGAGGGAUUCUGUCUACAGCUGUGUCACCCUGCCCUAUUUCCACAGCUUUUUGUACAUGAAAGGUGGCUUGAUAAAUACUUGGAAGCGCCGUUGGUGUGUCUUAAAAGAUGAAACCUUCUUAUGGUUCCGCUCAAAGCAGGAAGCUCUCAAGCAAGGCUGGCUGCAUAAGAAAGGUGGUGGAUCAUCUACACUUUCCAGAAGAAACUGGAAGAAACGCUGGUUUGUCCUCCGCCAAUCCAGGCUGAUGUACUUUGAAAACGAUAGUGAAGAAAAGCUCAAAGGAACGCUUGAAAUCCGAACAGCCAAAGAUAUCAUUGAUAACACUAGCAAAGAAAAUGGGAUUGACAUCAUCAUGGCAGAUAGGACCUAUCACUUGAUUGCUGAAUCACCGGAAGAUGCAAGUCAGUGGUUCAGUGUCUUGAGUCAAGUCCAUGCAUCCACAGAACAAGAAAUCAGAGAAAUGCAUGAUGAGCAGGCUAAUCCACAGAAUGCCGUGGGGACACUGGAUGUGGGGCUGAUUGAUUCUGUCUGUGCAUCUGACAAUCCAGAUCGACCCAAUUCAUUUGUGAUCAUCACUGCUAAUCGUGUUCUUCACUGCAACGCCGACACCCCAGAGGAGAUGCACCACUGGAUCACCUUGCUGCAGAGAUCGAAAGGCGACACUCGAGUAGAGGGGCAAGAGUUCAUAGUGAGGGGAUGGUUGCACAAGGAGGUUAAGAACACUCCAAAGAUGACUUCGUUGAAACUGAAGAAGCGGUGGUUUGUUCUGACACACAAUUCCUUGGAUUAUUACAAGAGCUCAGAGAAGAAUGCCCUCAAACUAGGCACUUUAGUGCUAAACAGCCUCUGCUCUGCUGUGCCUCCCGAUGAGAAAAUCUUUAAAGAGACAGGUUACUGGAAUGUAACGGUGUACGGACGCAAGCACUGUUACCGCCUAUAUACCAAGCUGCUCAAUGAAGCCACCCGCUGGUCAAGUGCUAUCCAGAACGUGAUUGACACAAAAGCACCCAUCGACACUCCCACUCAACAGCUUAUUCAAGACAUUAAGGAGAACUGCCUGAACCCUGAAGUUGUUGAACAGAUCUAUAAGAGGAACCCUAUUCUUCGUUACACACAGCAUCCACUACAUUCCCCACUCUUGCCCCUUCCCUACGGAGACAUCAAUCUGAACGUUCUAAAAGACAAAGGCUACACAACUCUCCAGGAUGAAGCUAUCAAGAUAUUUAAUUCUCUGCAGCAACUGGAAUCUGUGUCAGAUCCCGUUCCUAUUAUUCAGGGUAUUCUCCAGACAGGACAUGAUUUACGGCCUCUGCGUGAUGAGCUGUACUGUCAGCUCAUCAAACAAACCAGCAAAGUGCCUAAUCCAGGGAGCGUCGGCAAUCUGUACAGCUGGCAGAUCCUCACAUGCAUGAGCUGCAUGUUUCUGCCAAGCCGUGGCAUUCUCAAGUACCUGAAGUUCCACCUAAAACGGGUGCAUGAUCAGUUUCCAGGCACAGAAAUGGAAAAGUAUGCCCUGUUCAUUUACGAAUCUCUUAAAAAGACAAAAGGCAGAGAGUUCGUGCCAUCCCGGGAGGAAAUCGAAGCCUUGAUCAACAGACAGGAGAUGACAUCUACAGUCUACUGUCACGGCGGAGGAUCCUGUAAGAUCACCAUUAACUCCCACACCACCGCCGGCGAGGUUGUUGAAAAGUUAAUUCGAGGCCUGGCCAUGGAAGAUAGCAGAAAUAUGUUUGCUUUGUUUGAAUACAAUGGAACUACAGAUAAAGCCAUUGAAAGCAGGACUGUUGUGGCUGAUGUCUUGGCAAAGUUUGAAAAGCUUGGUGCUGCUUCAGAAGGAGAUACUAUGGCGUGGAAAUUUUACUUCAAGCUCUACUGCUUCCUGGACACUGAGCACGUGCCAAAAGACAGUGUGGAAUUCGCAUUCAUGUUUGAGCAGGCACAUGAAGCUGUGAUUCGAGGACAUUAUCCAGCUCCAGAAGAAACGCUCCAGGUCCUUGCUGCCUUGCGGCUCCAAUACCUGCAAGGAGACUAUACUUCGUCCAAUAUCACUGUGCCAGAAAUGGAAGAAGUCUAUCCGUUGCAGAGGCUGAAAUCCCAUAUUAUCCAGUCCACUAAAAUGUUCACUCCAGCAGAGAGGUUGGAGAGGAAGCGGGCCAACUUUCUGGAAGGAACACUGAGGAGGAGUUUCCGCAGCAGUUCUAUCAGCAAGCAGAAGAUGGAAGAGGAUCAAAUGGUUGAUAUGUGGGUUAAAGAAGAGAUUUCUGCAGCCAGGACUAGUGUGAUUGAUAAAUGGAAAAAAAUGCAGGGAAUGAAUCAAGAACAAGCAAUGGCUAAAUACAUGAGUUUGAUUAAGGAAUGGCCUGGCUAUGGGUCAACACUCUUUGACGUAGAGUGUAAAGAAGGCGGCUUCCCUCAAGAGCUUUGGCUGGGCGUUAGUGCUGAUGCUAUUUCUGUCUACAAGCGUGGAGAAGGCAGGCCUUUAGAAGUGUUUCAGUAUGAACACAUCCUCUCCUUUGGUGCUCCCCUUGCUAACCUCUACAAGAUUGUUGUGGAUGAGAGAGAGCUGCUUUUUGGAACCAGUGAGGUUGUUGACAUCGCUAAAUUGAUGAAAGCCUAUAUCAGCAUGAUUGUGAAAAAACGUUACAGCACCUCUCGAUCAGUGAGUAGUCAUGGAAGUCAAGGCAGCUCCAGGUGAAGCUAGAGAAUAUGCCUUAUUCUGCCUUUACUAUUGGAACAUAUCACUGCCAACCCGUUGCUUUCUCCAAAAAUGAUGAUUGGAGGCAUCUCCCAAGCUACAAACAAAUCCAGGAUUCUAGGACAACCUUCACUCAACACACGAUAUUCAGCAAGCUUAGAUAAAUAUAACAUCCACUUGAAUCGUCUCAUACUAAAUGUGUUGGCUAGGAUACUUCAAGCCUUCCAAAGCUCUGUUACCUCUAGAUAUCAUACUGUAUGCCUUAAAACACUGUUUUCCAAGCAGUACAAAGUGCCUUAAAAUGUUUAAAACCAACUUGCAUUGAUCUAUAUUGUAUUAUCAGAGGAGUUGUGUUUUUUAAUAAACCACUUAGCGUAUUACGGGAGCGUAAAUUCAGCCAUCUUGCACUAACCAACCGGCUGGUUCAUGCAUGAGGAAGAAAGGAAGCAUCUUUCUUGGAAUGCUGCAGGCGGCUUUCCAUGUGGACUUAAUCGGCAAUGUUGUGUUCUCUUCCUGCUCUUCUUUUCAUAUGGGUGCAUGCGUAUGAUCCAGGUCAACUUCUAACUUUAUUCCACGUUUCACAACCUUAAAAUUAAAAGGGAAUAAUAAUGUGCAAUGGUGUAAACAGUCUUUCUGUACAUUUUAAUAGUCCAGAGCUAUAGUUGUCCCAAUUUUAGAGUUUGUUUAUAAGCCAGUUUUAUUUACAAAUUGGGGGGGGGGGGGCAUUAAAAUGUAUUUUCUUCUAGAGAGGGAUUUUCCAUGCAUUGUCUGCAUUUCUGUAUCUGCUGUACUGUAGAUAAUACAUGUAGCUGAAAGAAACUGUAUUUAUAGACUGUCCUUAAUAUGGAAAUGCCAUUAUCAGCACAAUAUUCAAUCACUUGUCUUCAGUUC